AUAGUAGUUAAUAUUGAAGAUUGCCCAAUGAUUUUUGGUGACUUUUUUUUGUAAUAUAUUUUUACUGUAAUAUUGCGCAAUUUGAUUGUUCAUCUAGGUGGCGCUUUAAAGCGAUGUACCAUUGCUGCAACUAAUUAUAUAGUGACGGGAUAAAUUAAAAUGUGAUUCAUGUGUCGUAUGGGUUAAAAGCGAAUUUGUUUACAAGUGUUUAAUUAUGUGAUUAAUUAAUUAUGGUUCAAGUCUUUAUAAUGAGCGUCGAACAACUUUUACUAUCAGUCUGCCUUCAGACAAGUGGUUAUCUUUACUGUGUAAUAGCGAGAGUGAGAAGCUAUUAUAUAGCCUUUCAAAAUCUACGUGUGGAAGUGGAACAGUGACACAGUAUAUUUAUUAAAAUACAAUUUCGUGUUCACAUUCAAAAUUAACGAAAUAAACCCGAAUCAAAAAUCGAUUUCAUAGUUGCAGUAAGAGCAGGAUUUUGUGAAAGUUCAACAUUCCUAGUGUUCACGAUUAUUAAAGUUAUUUAAGCACAUGCAACAAAUUGGCCACGCUUCAUAACUUUGUUGCUAAAUAUUUAGCCAGCUUACCUGACCGUGGCUAACUGAUCAUCCUACUUGCGGCAACUUGGCAAGUAGGUUUGAUGACUAUCUGUUAUCAGUGACGUCGUCGCGUGGUCGUGUCGUGACGUGUGAGGCGGCUUCUAAGUUGAUGAAUAACGAUCGCAGGCGUCGAUUGUAUUCCGUGCAGUGGCGAGCGCGGGCGCGGCGGCGACCAAUCUCGUGUUGUACAAAUAAUGUGUAGUGUUUACAUAACAAGUGUGCUGCGCUGAACGUUCGACUGCAGUGCUCGUGCGAUGGGGGCCGCGGGAGUGACCGGCUUCAGGAUAUACUGUGUACUGUUCUGCACCAUCAUCAAGGCGGUGAUCAGCACGGGGCUCGGCAAGUGUCCCGUCUACCCGCCGCUACCCAACUUCGAUAUACAGCGGAUGACCGGCACCUGGUACGAAGUGGAGCGAUCCUUCUACCUGGUGGAGAUCACGGCGAGCUGCACCGAGCUCGACAUAUCACUCAAUGAGAGGGGAUACCUGCUCAUCACUAUCAAUACUGUUAACAAAUGGACCAACAGUCCGUCAACUCACCACGGCAUCGGCAUCCCGAGCCACAACACGUCGUCGAUAUUCCGGUACAAGCUGAACAACCGCGUGCCGUACAUCAUCGGACGCCUGCUGCCCGGCGCCGGCGUCUACAACAUACUGUUCACGGACUACGACCAGUUCGCCAUUGUGUGGUCGUGUACCAGCGUCAGUAUCGCACAUUCAGAUCACAUCUGGGUGCUGGGGCGGCGGCGUGAGAUCGAGGCGCCGGUGCGCGCGCAGAUCUACGCCAUCAUGCAGGAGCUGCGCCUCGACCCCGACCGCCUCAUUAUCUCCAAGAACAACAACUGCACCGAUAUACGCGAUAAUAAAAUUUAGUUUGUAA